GGCGGAUGAAUACCUUUCAGUAGUACUGCGACUCUUUAUACCCUCGUGUUAUCGUCUCCACCCGUUCUUCUUCACCAACAGGAUUGUACGAGUGUUUGACCAACUGGGAGCUGUAAUCGCACCAACAUGGCAGUGUGAAAGCGCGGCAGCAAUCUUUGCAGCGGCAACAACCCGGCAGUGCAACGGCUUAUUGCACUGGCUAUUUCUGGCAAAAUGGCGUCUCUCUCGGCAACCACCCUCAGCAUUGCUGCCGUCGACAGCAGGACCGAACCUCUCGACUUGUCCACCCUGACAGAUUUCCCUUCGUAUUUGCUUUCACCAAUAUCACUGACCACCAAUGGCCAUGACACUCUCCCAGCUGGCUUUGGAGGACGUGGAGGCCCUGUGCUUAGGGUCCUCGUUUCUGAUGGCUGACCCCAUUGGGCCCCUUCUGGACCAAGAUGAAGAAGAAGCUCUUUCUCCUUCCUCUUCCUUAGAGGUGAAGGUGCCAAUGUCACCUUCCCUCUCUUUCUCCUCAUGUGCAUCUGUCCAUUCUCCGUAUCAGACCAUGUCAUUUUCCCCAUUCUCCCCUGCCUCUCCACCUUGUUCUCCUCCAAUUCACUCCUCAUUCCUGGGGACAAAGGCCGAAGUGGACCUGCUUCCAUUCUCCCUGCUGGGAGCCAAUGACCUGCUUGACACCCAUGACGUAGCAGGAGACGGCAAAGAUGAUGCUUUCGAGGACAUGGACUGGAUGUCAGAAAAAGUUGACUUGAGUGAAUUUGACCUGGAUUCUCUAAUUGACUCCUGUUCACCUGCAUCCUCUCCUGAGGACCUCCUGGCCUCCCUUGAGUCCCACGUUGACCUAAAUCUGGACUCCUUUGAAGAAACCAUUGGCGUCCGGCCCAACACUUCCAACUUAGGUCUUACGUCUCAGUCCUCCCCCAUAGAAAUCUCUUCACCAAAGAGGGAAAGGGAAGAAGUGGCUUGUGUCCAAGAGGUUGCUGAGAAACCCAACAGGUCUCCCUCCUCAACACCCUCAUCUCCUUCUCCCUCCUUCACGCUUGAGCUGGGGAGUGAGGUGGAUGUUGUAGAUGCUGGAAAAACCGCCGCAUCCCUCGCUGCAACCAUCCUCUCAGAUCCUAGUGGUGUCCUUCGGAGCACCAGCCCUAUCGUGCUCUCCAUUCCUUCAUCUGGCCACUUAGUGGUGGUUCUUACCAACAAGGAGGCCCCCUCAAUAUCUAUACCCAGUCAGCUGGUCGAAACGUCCUCGUCAAGCGAUUGCGACAGCGACUCUGGCAUCGACUCAGUCGCCGGAUCGCCUCCCUCUCCUCCCACGUCCCCUAUGCCCGGUUCCUCCAGAACCAAGCCCUACAGCAAACCCCAGUCUGCCUCCUCAUCCUCCCCUAAAGCGGCCAAGGUCAAGUCGGUGUCUGGCGCUCCCAGGGUGGUCGAGAAGAAGCUGAAGAAGAUGGAGCAGAACAAGACGGCGGCCACCCGCUAUCGGCAGAAGAAGAGAGUCGAGCACGAGUUGCUGAAUGUAGAGCUUGAAGAGCUAGAGAAGAAGAACCACGAGCUGGAAGAAAAAGCAGAGUCCAUCUCUCGGGAGAUCCAAUACUUGAAGGAUUUGAUGGAGGAAGUCCGCAAGCACCGGCGAGGAAAGAGCAGCCUGGUGGCGUAGACGACAGAAGGUUGACGUGGCGUAGUUUGAUUUCCUCAUUUGCUCAUGCACUGUUGCUGGAGAUUGAAAGUGCAGUAUGUGAGUGUGUAGAACCAGGUUGUAGAAGUUGAUGAGAUUAGAUUAGAUAAGGGGGGCUGGGAGGUAGUAAGGUGAAGCAUCUGUACAUGCUUGUCUCUCAGCCCCCUGUAUGAUCUCCUUUGGAUAUCCCUUGAUUAACAGACUCUAGCCGUACAGACAGGUAUUAUAGACGAGGCAUACAAAGCAACAGUCAUAAAUAGAUCAUAGAUGUUAUUAAUUGGUUAUCAAGCGCAGUGACGAUCCCAACGAGUAAAUUUACCUUUUUAAUUCACAGAGAAACUCUCCCCUGUCCUCAUCUUUUUAAUCCUCUCACCUCUGUUUGACCUUCCUCUAAAUCUAAGUCCAGAAAGGGGCCUCAGCCUAUUGAAAAAUUCUUGAUGUUCCACUGCUGUCAAGAGUUUUAUUUCUGUAAAUAAUUUUCUCCUCUAUUGCUAAUGCGGUUUCUUUUAUUUAAUGCAAGGUAACUUUAAAUCAUCUGCCCAGUAACUCUUGGAAAAGGUGUUUGGCUUGUAAAAUGUUUUGCUCUUUUUUUUUUUUUUAUUUCUAAUAAAUAUUACUUCCCAGAUGA